AUGAACUCUAAGAGCCCGACAGAGAUGAGCGCGCGCAAGCGCCGCAACCAUGCUGUGGUCUAUGCACAGCAGCAGCAGCAGCAGCAACAGCAGCAACAGCAGCAGCCGUCACCGCAACAACAACAGCAACAGCAGCAGCAAUCGCCGCAGCAGCAGCGCCGCAAAGCUGCUGGACAACAGGAGCGUCCAGCUGGCAGUCAGCUGAGCAGCCGCAGCAAGGCGCCGGCUGCUGCCUCCAAGCAAAGCUCAGCUCCGAGCAAGAACUGGAUAAAUAGCACGAGCAUUGCCGUUGUGCCGCCAAGUCGCCAGACCAACAACAACAACAACAACAACAACAAGAGCAAUGGCAGAGCCAAGAAGCACACUCGCUGCACAUCCGCCAGGGAGAUGCAGCGGGAUGUGCAGCGGCCGCCAGUGACGCCGCCGCCAGCGACGUCGCGUGUGGCAUUUGGACGCAGCUGUCCCGGGGCGACGUCGACGAUAACCAUGACGCAGACGACAAUGACAACACUGACGCGUCGCGGCGGCGGCGGCGGCGGCAACUCUGGAGGCAGCGGCAACCAGAGAUGCCGCCAGGACACGCCCAGGCCGCGGCCGAUGCAGGCGGCGCACGAUCAGCUGGAGCUGCUGCUGACGCGCAUCGAGCAGGACACGGUGGCGCCGCCGCCACGACGACGCAAGCCAGCGCCGGCUAGGACCGUGCGCCGUCAAAUGGAGCAUCCGCCGCCGGUGCCUACAGUGACGCCGCUCGGCAGCGCCCGGGGCCAGGAUCUGAGCCGAACGCCGCGACCCAGCGAAUACGUUGCCCCUAACAGCACCGCCCACCUGAACGCGACCGGCGGCCAUGCUGUAGUGCCGGAUGACGUCGUCCCGCUCACCCAGAAUCCCCAAAUGCUGGCACCCGGGAAGCGGCAGGCCCUGCUCGAUCUGCUGUCGCGCAGCGAGCCCCAGGACCAGGAGAUCGUCAAUGCCUUGCGCAGCGAGAUCAGCAUUGCCGGCGAUCCCUCCACAGACGCCAUGCGUCUCACCCUCCAGAUGCUACCGCUGGCCUUGACACCGGGAAAUUCGCCGUACUGCGAGCGCUUCUGGGAGGGACAUCGCUAUCUGAAGGAGCGCCAGCGACUGCAUCAGCAGCUGCAGCCGGACGACUUGCGCUACAAGGAGGUCAAGAUACUGCGCUCGCCCAACGGCAAGUUCUUCCUGUCCAAGACGCUCGAGGAGGAGCUCAAGGAUGAGAAGCAUGUGCUGGACUUCAUCGAUUCGGAGCUGCAGCGUGGCGACAUUCCCGAAAUGAUGCCCGAGCCGAACGAGCGCCAGCGUCAGGCUCUGGACGAGCGUGCCGAGCUCGACCGGCAGAAGCAGCAGGUCAGCGAGUGGCGUGCCCAGCAGCGCAUAGCCGAGCAUAAGCGCGCAGAGCAGCAGGUGACCAAGCGCAUGCUGAAGAAGGCCAAGCAAAUCAAGCAUCAAACUCAAGAUGACACCAUGUGGACACCCAAGCGGCAGCACCGACAACAGCACCCGCAGCCAGUGCACUUGAACGCCGACAUGGAGCUGGACCUGGACUUGGAACUGGCCGAGCUGCCUCAGAGGAGCGAAGAGGAGACCCUAGUCGCCAGCCAAGAAACAGACUACAGCUCAGACCACAUCCUGGAUGAAGGCCAGGAAUUUAUCUUACAGCUCAACAGCGACUUUGAGGAGGACACUGAUGCUACGCCACGUCCCUCUGGCACCGAGGGGACCAUCCAGGAACUGGACAAUGACUUGGCCGACACACGGGAGCAGCGUCGCCAGUUCCAAAACCAAUGCCAGAACAGCAGCUUCUACGGCAAUGCCAAUUGCCUGACUCCCUGGACAUUGUACUCCAACAUUAGCAGCAAUCUGGUUGAGGAAAUGACUCGAAAUAUUGACGCCGAGCUGCAUCGCAGCAUCGCCGGCUUCAUCAAGGACUUCGUGGAUAAGGAGACGCGCACAACCAACAAUCAGACCAAUUAAUGGUCUCAGCUUCCGGCUUAACUUUAAUUCAGCUGCCGAUGGAUCAGUUAACACAACUUCGUAAUCGAGCAGCCAUCAAAUUGUACGUGCAUCAAAUGUACAUGACUAUGUACAUCUAUAUAUAUAUAUAUAUCAUCAUUUCAGUUUGUGCCUCAUCUCAAAUAAAGCAACUGCAAAAAUCAUAAAACCUAAA